AUGAAGCAGGAGUUGGCCGCGGAGCUGCGGCGUCUACUUGACCGCACCGCGGAAAUACGGUCGUCUCUCCGCCAGUUGGAUCGGCCGGUGGAAACUUGGGACGACGUGUUCGUCAAUCGAACCGUCGGUCGUUUGGAGGCGGCCUCGCGUCGCGACUGGGAGAAGGCGACAAAUAGAGAGCGCGAGCCGGUCUCAUGGGAGGCCUUGGUGGACUUUCUUGCGUCUCGUCUCCGCGAGCUAGAGGCGGUCGACGGAGGCCCUCGCUCCUCCACUGACGGAGGCCGAGGUGCCCUCCUUCCGGGAUCCGCGAACAAACGUGGACACAGCGUCCGCACGCACCACGUGGCGGAGGCCACGCGUAGGCCGUGUGCGCACUGCCGGGGGAACCACCCGCUUUGGGACUGUGCGGCAUUUAAACGAAUGGCAGCAAAGGUACGCCGAGAACGAGUGAUAGGUUGGGGACUCUGUUACAAUUGCUUGUCACCUCAACACCAGGCGAGCCAGUGUUUCUCGGGCCGCCGUUGUCGGGAGUGCGGUCAGCCGCAUCAUACCCUCAUCCACCGCGAGGAAGAAAACACGGGCUCAUCCACCCCAGGUGCCACCAUCUCCGCCACCGUCUCGGCCACCUCCGUGAGGCGUAAUUGGCGUCGGGCUCCUAGACGCGCCUUGUUGGCGACUGCGCGCGUGCGUCUCUCGGCCUCCAACGGUCGUUCGACCAUAGUCAGGGCUCUCAUCGAUACAGGGGCAGAGGUCAAUCUGGUGUCGGAAUCCGUUGUCCAGCGACUCCGGGCUGGUCGGCGAGCUGUGCGCAUGGAACUGGCGGGCGCGGCGGAAACCCCGUCUCAGGUGGUGCGCGCCAUGACAACCCUUCGUCUGUCAUUGUCUCAGGGAGAAGAGUGCAAACUACCUCUUGAGGCGUUGGUGCUUCCGAGGUUGACGGCGUAUAAACCACCACUCACGUCCAUACCCCGUAACUGGACGCAUCUGGAGGGUCUGUCGCUCGCAGACGACGUCACGGGCCUGUCCCGCAUUGACGCGGUUCUCGGGGCCGACAUCUACGCCAGUAUUAUAAGGCCCGAGUUGCGACGGGGGGUGAGGUUGACGCGCCCAUUGCCCAGUCCACCAGCCUAG